AUGGGGAUGCUGAGGACUCUGCGUUUAGAGGAUCUGUGCUCCACCGUGCAACUGGACGAGGCACUUGAGUGCCCGGGGCGUCAGAACCCCCAGGACAGCCGCCUCGUGCAGCUCUACAGGGCCUUGGCGACCGGCGAUGCGACAGCCCUGAGGACUCUGCUGAAGAGGAGCUACGUGGAUGUGAACGUGCUCUUCGAGGUCAAGCAGGAUGAGCUGGUGUGGCAGGCUCAGGACAUCUCAACCUUCGGGGCCUCAGGCCUCUGGUCCCUGGAGUAUAAGCGGGAGGUGACCAGUCCGCUGUGCAUGGCCGCGGCCCAGGGCUACACGGAGUGCUUGCGCUACCUGCUGGAGCACGGCGCGCGGCCCAACCUGACCGCGGGGGGCAAGGCUGCGCUGCACGAGGCCUGCGAGAACGGCAACGCGGACUGCGCAGAGCUGCUGCUGGAGCGCGGCGCCAGCCCCAGUCUGGCGACCGAGGAUGGCCUCACGCCGCUGCACCUGUGCCGCUCUGCCCAGUCCCUGCGCUGCGCCAAGGCGCUGGUGCGGUAUGGAGCCAAGGUGGACCAGUCCAGCGAGGAGGACAGCGAAACGCCUCUGCACGUGGCCGCCCGGCACGGCCGCCUGCACCACGCUCGCCUGUAUCUCCGCUACGGGGCAGAGGUGAACCACGCCAGCACUUCAGGGGAGACCCCCCUGGGGGUCGCCUGCGCGGCCGCCCAGGACCCGGCGCUCCCUCCGGAACACUUGCAGCUGUGCCACUUGCUGCUGGCCCACGGCGCUAACCCGAACCUGGCGGACGAGGAGCGUCGCACGCCCCUGCACAAGGCGGCGCGCAACGUGCAGCACGCCCUGGUGGUGCUGCUGCUGGAGCACGGGGCCGAGGUCAACGCCAUCGACUACGACGGGGCCUCGCCGCUCUCCUGCGCCCUGCAGUCGGCCGCCUUCAAGCAGGAACAGCAGCCCCACCUGGUGGUGCAGAUGCUCCUUAACCGCGGCUCCGUCAAGGUGUGGCCCCUGGCCCUGCUCAAGGUGUUGACCGCCUGCGCCGCAGCACCCGAAACCGUGGAGGUCCUGUUUAACUCCUACAGCCAGGUCCCAGUCACAUACAAGUGGAUGGAGAGUAUCCCUGAGGACCUUUUCCAGCUGCACCAGCCCUUCUACCAGUCGCUCUUUGCUCUCGAGUACAAACCUCGCUGUCUGCAGCACCUGUGCCGCUCGGCCGUACGCCGCCGUUACGGCAAAGACUGCCACCUGCUGAUCCCGCGGCUCCCCAUCCCCCGGCUACUCCAGCGUUACCUCCUCCUGGAGCCAGAGGGGCUCAUCUACUAG